UCCCAGCUAAAAACUCGAAGGAGAGUGAUGGGAAUGUCAGAACGUGGUAAAAUCGUGAAACAUGAGAUAACUGUCGCUGGUCGAAGAUCGCGUGGUUUCUGGCGUGGACAGUAACUAGUUUGUCGUGGUUUCUUGCUCAAUUAGGGCAAAGAUUGGUUGUGUUUUUCUCCGCUGAAUGAGGCAUGAUUGUCUUGAGUGAUGAUGAUUUAUUGAUGGAUUAGGUGGACUAAAACAGUGGAAAGCGAUGUUUUUGUUGCUAUUGAGGGGAAAAAAUAAUCUGAGAUGAUCUACGUACUCGAUUGAAUAUUCUAACUAUUUCGAAAUGUCCAAUUAGGUUUUCGAAAAAUAAUUUCUCCAAAUGGCUGAGGUGAAAUGGUAAAAAUGUGUGAUUUUUGGGUGUUUAGGCUUUAACGGCUUGGAGAGAUGAGCAGUUGCUUUUCGCAAGAAGGCGGAUUUCAGUUCUUGGAGGUUAGAUUCUGUCUUGUCUUUUCCAAAGUAAGUGGGGGACCCCAUACACCUGAGAAGAUAGAACUACCACAGAUUGCAGUGGCUGGGGUGGUAGAUAUCUAGCGUGGUAAAACGGUGAAAUUUCAGCAGGUAAGUUCAGUUUCACUGUCUAAUAAUUCAAGACUGUGGAUUAAAGGUGAAAUCAGACGAGGUGAAUUCAGAUGGGUAAGGUCAGCGAUGGUCUUUCAGUAAAAGUUGGAAAGAUAUGCUCUGUGGGAGAGCUUAAGCUUUUUCGCUGCUGCUUCUGAGCACUGUCGUUUCUGGUAACAAUGAGCUUUUUGGGCCAAUAUCUCAUGUACAUGGAUGGAGAAUGCCAUGGGUGGAAAUUGCAACCCCUUGAUGAUGGGUGAGGCGCAGGCGUUUUGGAUUCGCAGGCUUAGUGUUUAAUGGAAGGGAGGAAAGGCUUGAUUGGGUGUUUUGGGGUUUGGAUGUUGCUUUCUGCUCGGGUGUGUUUUAGACGUAAUGUAUGGCUUUAACAGACGGAAGAGGGAAGAUGGAUUGAAAGCGAUGUUUUCUAGGGCCAGCUCUUCUCUACUUGGAUGAUUAUUUACUUAGUUAACCGUGGGGAGUUAGGGGAACAGGGGAUCUGUCCUGCUCCGUGGAAGGAAUGCCAAAGGGAUCUUCUACCCCUACCAACUGUACUGUGCUGCUGCUGAACAAGAAGAAGCCAGGUUUUGGCGGUAAGCUUAGUCGUUGAUCAGAUCAGUGUCAGGGUCUCCUUCUUUCUGUGGUUUACCUGCUGUGUAGGCGAUUGAUUUUGUGGUUUCUUGUCUUUUGAAUUUUCGAAGACUUUUGUCCUGCCUGGUUCUCAUUUUCUUUUGAUGGUUCUGUGGUAGAGCUUACCAGAAGAUCCUGCCAGUUAUAAAAGCCCUAACUCUAAUCUGUCCCGCCUUAUGCCUGCGCGCCUUCUCCUUGAUUCUCCGCAAGAUUGUGAUUAUUGUCCCAUCCUUUUUCAGUUCAGUUUAUGCAAGUCAGGCACCAUAUAGCAAAGACUGGUAUAUCUACAUCCAUGGAGAAGAAAACAAUCUGAAUUCUUUUCGUGAGGGAUUUUUCUGUGAUGGAGUGGAACCCGAAGACUCCCUCACUUUGGGAUUGGGAGAGCCUGGUGUUGUGCAAUGGGAGAGUCGAGGAGACUCCCAAGCAGGUACAACCAAUGGACUGGGGGAUCGAAGGGGAUGGAGGGAUUGAUAAUGGGCCUCUAUAUUCAUCUGGGGGUGGUGGUGGUUCUGCUUCUGAUUUGGGUAAUGGAUCUUCAUCCAAGAGCUCAAUUUCAGCCUCUAUGGAUUCUUCGUCAAAGACAGGAAUCAAGGAGUCCAAGUACAAUCUUCAGCCAGCCAAAGGUUUUCCUAAAGAUCUGAACAGAAAUAAAGAAUUUGGUAGGGUGGAAGACACCGGAACUUCUCCUGAAUUUUUGGCAUCAGUUGGCGAUGGGGAGCCUGUGAUUGGUCUAAAACUUGGGAAGCGAACUUACUUUGAAGAUGUUGGUGCUGGGAGCAAUGUUAAGACGUCAUCUAGUUCUGCAAUUUCUACAUCAUCUGACAAUUCUAUUAAGAAGUCCAGGGCAUCAUAUCAGAGCAUGCAGGUCCCUCGCUGCCAAGUUGAAGGUUGUAGUCUCGACCUCACUGCAGCUAAAGAUUACCAUCGGAGGCAUAGAGUAUGCGAAAACCAUUCCAAACAUCCAAAGGUCAUAGUUGCUGGUCAGGAGCGUCGCUUUUGCCAACAGUGUAGCAGGUUCCAUGAGUUGUCAGAGUUUGAUGAGAAAAAGCGAAGCUGUCGCAGGCGUCUAUCUGACCACAAUGCACGUCGUCGCAGGCCACAAACAGAAACAAUCUCAUUCAAUUCUGCAAGGCUAUCUUCAUCAUUUUACGAUGGCAGGCAACAGAUGAACCUUAUGUUGAACAGGGUUCCACUCAUUCACGAAAGACCUGCUGUAAAUACUGCACUGGAGAGCUCGCAUGACUUCAAGAUUGCACAAGCAAAAGGGUCUAUAAGGACUGUGAAAACAGGAGGCAUUGAUGGGCAUCUGCAUUUGCCAAGUGCUGAGCUGCCAACUGCCAUUCCUAUGCUUUCUCAUGACUUUGAAAAGCUAUUGCCAUUCAAGGGCACCUCUGCCGAGGUCCUCAAUCAAGGUCAGGAAGCAUCUAUGGUUGCUUCCAACUCUGAGACAACACUGGACUCUCGUCGUGCUCUCUCUCUUCUGUCAACUAACUCAUGGGGUUCGGUUCACCCCGAACCAACUUCUCUCGACCAGCUCAUGCAUGCAAACAAUGCAAGCAUGGGUCAGCCAGCAAUGGCCCCAAUAGACCAGGUUCUGCCACAUGCUAACUCUGAAUACUGGCAGGCUGAACUGCGAGUGCCACCAUUGGGCUUGCAUAGCAAUGGUGGUCAGUUCCAAGAGUUUCAGCUUUUCAAAGCACCCUAUGAAUCUGCCUUUCUCAACAGCAACCAUAUACGUUGAUAACUGGAAUUGACUCAUCCUUUUCUGGCUAGAGGCAACUGCUUCCCAAGGAAUUUCUGCAGUUUUGUUGAAAUGGGCGGUGAAGUUGCUGUUUCUGAUCGAGACCAGCUGAUGGAUCUUGAAUGCCAAUUUCAUGGACCCGUCAGUAUUUUCUUUUCAAUGAAAAUGUAAAAUGGUAUGCUAUCAUGCAGUUUUGAGCUCUUUCCUGAAAGAUGUUUCUACUCCCAUGGACCUUGCACCAAAGGGUAGAAGCCAGACAUGGCCAGGUGUCGUGCAUGUUUCUUUCUUCCUUGCAGACUUGCAAUAACGAAGCCUGUUCAUUGGGGGAAAGUAUAUUUUGACAAUCUUCCUCAUUAUAUAUGGGGUGAACAAACAGGCUUCUUUUCUUUGGGAGGUUUCCAGAGGUCAAUAAAAUCACAGUGGUUCCAGCAA